AAAGCUGAAAAAAAACCGCUGACUACUAAUAGCUACUGCUAGAUUGAGAAUACCCAUGCGUUACUCCAACAUCUCACCACCCCGCAGUGUCUGCCUGUGGGUUGUCCUGUUGCUUCAGACACCUUGGCUGGGGUUCAAGGUUGCCAGUGCAGAGUAUACGUGCGAUGAGUCUCGUUGCCGAGGUUCUAGGAUCCAUCCCUGGGUCGACGAUGACACAGAGUUCACUUGCUGGGUAAAGACUCCUGAGUUCUCACCAGACGCCAACACAACAGAAGUUGUCAAGGCGAUGGAAGGAUUUGAGGCUAGUCUGAUGGACCCUGCAUCUGGAUACUGUUCCGAUGGAUACAUUGGCCGACUAGUUCCUGGCGUUGCUCCGCAGGACGUGGACGGGGAGAUGAGGAGCUGGUUCACAUGUUGCCCGCCCUACAGUGGCUAUGAAAGUAUCUCCAAACAGGUUGCCCAGACCUGCGUUGACACUUGUGGAAGUCCUGAUUGGGCAGGGGGGGGCAAUUGUUGGGCGGAUGGGUUCCAAGAGCCGUUGGCGUGUGGAGACUCGAACUACCGAUUCCCCCGAUACACUGGAUUGCAAAGUCUUAUCUAUGUGCAGUUUGUGUGCUGCAACAGUCCUCAGACAGGCGACGAAUUCAUGGACGAGCUCCUCCUUGCUCGGAUCAUUUGGGUCACACUCUCCUGCAUCUCCGUCCUCGUGUGUUCCCUAUUCGUCGUCGCUCUCGGCCGAAAUAAGGAAGCCAGAAGCAACGGGUACAACUUGUACCUCAUCUUCUUGGCCAUCCCCGACGCCCUGGCAAACCUUGUCGUCAUCCUCCGGAAUGCCCUUUCCAUCUCGGGUGCUGCUGUUGGACCCAACAUUUUCAUCUUUGCUGCCAGCUUCGAGUACUUUUACGCCAUUGCAAACAUCUACCUCAACGCUUGCAUCAUCUACUGCAUUCACAACAUCCUACGACAGUCCAGCAAGGACAGGAAGAAACAGAUCCCACCGCCAAGUGUGGGUAGGGUCUGCAAGGAAACCGCCGUUGUCUACUUCUUCGGCCUCCUCGUGUUUGGAUGGGCCUUCUUCUUGUACAUUCAUGGACUCAAUACCUUCUCCUUGGGAGAGAUCAUGAACGUAUGGAUCACUACCCGAUGCCUCCUUGUCGGUCCUCCCAUCCUCUAUGUGAUCUAUGUUUGCUUCGACGUUUGGUGGAACGAACGUCUUCCCAUCUCGGGCCGCACCCGUGUCCUGGCGCUCUACUUCCUCCGCGUCAUUAUCAUCUUCCUCGUGACAUGGGUUCCUUACUUUGUCAUUUACGAGAUCGCCUGGAACAUCACCCACAACCGUUGGAUGGUCUACUUCUCCUACUAUCUCGGUUCUGUCCAGGGAUUUCUCUCCGUCUGUGUGGCCCUGAGUAAACCUGAUGUCAAGAAAGUGUUCUGGAACUUUUUGUUUUGUUUGCCUGAUUCAGACACUUCCCCAGAAGAAGAGAAGAAGCGACGCAGACGACGCCACCGAGACGGACGCGAGGGAAGCGUCGCGAGUGACAGCAAGUUCACUAGUACCGGCGACAUUGAAUCCGACUUUGACGAACCUCCGCCCACCCCCAAGCGCAUUUUCGGUCUCGGUCAGUCGACCAAGGGGGACAAGAUGUGGGAAGAAGAUGAUGUCUGGGGCGGAGAGGAGGAUCUCCUCGAGAAAAUCAUGGCUGCUGACGUGGAGCGUGACAAUCCUGCCUCCAAGAGUAAAGGGCUUGAUCGUAAAGGCACUUCAUUGAGCGCAUGGAGUGAUGAAAUGACCAAGGACACCAAGGAACAAGACAUCAGCGAUUCGGAUCAACAAUUGAAGCCGGAUGCUGUGCCCGAUUGUGAAGACGAUUGGAGCGAUGAAGCAGCAAAUGAUCGAAAAGCCUCCAACCAAGAGAUGACCCAAGAAGACAAGCCAUCCGUAGCGCCUUCUGGCCAAGAACAAUGGAGCGAUGAAGGUGUCGACAUGAGUGAGUUCUCGCACUUGCCGGAACACGUUGACGAUGCCACCGUUUUCUACUCUGUGAUCGUGGGCUUCAAUGCCCUCACUGCUGAGCUGCCUUCCUUCAAGGUCGCAAACCUGUUGCAACGUCUUGACAGUCAACUUGACAUUCUUGCUGACAAGCACAAGGUUUACAAGGUAUCAGUGAAUGACAAUGGGGGUUGGAUGGGAGCCACCAACUACGUCGAGCAACAGCAAGAGGACCACACACUACGCGCCGCGCGGUUUGCACUCGACGCUGUUCAGGUUGCCAAGACCAUUCUCAUUGAUGAAGAUGACGCACAACGUGGUCAUGUCAUUCUUCAAACUGCGAUGAUGUCUGGAGCGGUGCAAGGUCAAGUUGUCGGCAGAGGGAGCAACCAACGACAUGCACUUGUCGGCUACACUGUCCAGCGUGCGACCUUCCUUGCAGAACAAAAGUCUGCUCCUGGAAAGAUCCUCUGCACAGAGAGCGAAGAGAUUGUUUUGGAGAAGCAGGCUCCAGAGAUCUCAGUGCCAAUCAAAGCACGUAUCUUCAUUCCGGGUUUGGGUGCCACUACAGCCUUCUGGGUCGAACCACCCGCAGAAAGCUAGGCUGGCCGAGCAUUGAAAAUGGAGUUAGCAGCGCAGCAAUGGGGCGCUUGGGAGAGAGUACCAUCCGGCAUCACUUGGCAUUGGAAAAAACACGAAUAGGAUCGAGGUAGACAUAAGAUAAGAUGCAU